AAUGCUAAUUAAUUUAGCUCUCGCUGAUUUAUUUAAUUUAGCUUUAACUUCGUUAGAAUGGGCCCCAACUCUUUGGAUUGGUCGUCCACAUUGGCCUAUAAAUUGGCGUUGGGGUUGCCCUUUAGUUAGGUAUUUUGAAUGUGUUUUCCUUUUUGCUUCAAUUUUAAGUCAAUUAAUUGUUUGUAUUGAAAGAUUUAUUGCAAUUUGUUAUCCUCUUCAAGCUCGUAGAUUAUGUUCAAAUAAAAAGGCUAUUUAUUCACUUAUAAUUAUUUGGAUUUUUGUUUUAUUAUUUUCUCUUCCAAAUAUUUUAUUUAAUAGAAGAAUUAAUUUAUUUAUUAAUUUGUCAGAAAAUAAUAAUGAACAUUUAACAAUUUGUAUAAAUCCUUGGUCAAGUCGCCGUUCUUGGAUUAUUUAUAAAUGGGCUGAAUUUAUUUUAUUUUUCUUUACUCCGGCUAUUUGUUGUGUUUUGCUGUAUUCUCAAUUAUUUUUAACUUUAAAAAAUCCAACAACCGGCUCUUUUUCAAGUUUAUCUAAAGAAGUGUUUUUACUUGACAAAAAUACUUAUAAACGUAUUUAUGCAAGAAGGAGGGUUGUUAGAAUGUUAAUUGGGUGUGUUGCUGUACAGUUACUUUGUUAUUCACCAAUUCAAGCAAUUUUCUUGGCAAAGUCUCUCUUUAAUUUAACAUUUUUCAUUCCUUAUGGACUUGUUCUUCUAUUAAAUGCUUUAACAUUAGCUUGUUCAGCAGCAAAUCCUCUAUUAUAUACUUUAUGUUCAAGCAAUUUCCGUGAUAGAAUUAAAGAAAUGAUUUUAAAAGAAACAAAACAAGAUUUACAUCCAACAUCCUUUAAAAUUGCUGUUGCAAAUAGAAAAUAUAUUAAAAAUAAAGAAAAUGAAAGAAUAUUUUUAGAAGAGAAAGAAAAAGUUUUAAAUAAUUGUUAAAAAAUAUAUUGUUUUUUAAAUAAAUUUUUGGAAUUAUUUUGUUUUUUAAUAUAAAUUAGUUUUUUGAGAUUAUUUUACUUUUUAAUAAAUUGUUAUUGAAUAUCUCGAUAUAACAAACUCGAAAGGAUAGAAGGAUCGAGAUAGCAUUAAUUACUUGAAGGAACUACAUAUACAAAUAAUUAAUUGUUAAUUAACAAAAUAUCCACUUAAUUAUUUAUUGAAUUCGGCAGAUAAAUUCUUUCUCACUCUUUUUUUAAAGAAAUUAUUUAAAUAUUUAUUUAAAAAAUCCAAGUUUGACAAAUUUAUUAAAAUCUUUUUUUUUAAAACACUUUUCCCUAAUUUCUUUCCAUGCAUUUUAUUUUCUUUUUUACAUAUAUCCCUUUUUCCCUCAAUUCUAGUACAUAUUUCCACCUACCUCCACCCAAAACAAUUUCCAACCGGCAAAAAUAUCGACCCAGCUCUGGUCAUUGCUGCCACCCUUUUGCUUUUUAUUUUUCUAAAAAGGCGAA